AAGAAUCCUCCCGCGGUCGUCGGUCCGCCGCUGCCCCGAGCUCUCUCGCUGCCGCCUCAGUCCGUGUCCGUCCGCCGCGGAGUGCGAUUGUGUGCGUCCGACGUGCCAGUGCGUAUUUUUUUGCGUGAUUUCAUGUAUGAUCGUGUGUGAGUUUUUUUGCGAUGAAGUCGGCGACUUCAGCUCGUCGGGCCGCAAAGCAAACUUAUUAUUAAACACGUAAUCCGGACCAGUGACUUGCGGCGCGAAUCGCGAUGACUUGGCGACGGACGACGACGGUAGUUCCUUAGAGAAACACACACUUACCUAUAUUAUAUACCACCGCGCCGGAUUCGGGUGUGAUGGCCAGCGUGGGCCAUUCCAAGGUGUUCAUACUCGAUAAAUACUUCACGGAGCUACAAAAGUUCUGGGAGACGGAGAUCAAGUUGCAAGACGCGUCCUGUUCGAACGAGGCUGUGCACUUACAACAACGGUUGCGAAGUCUAAGCACCGAGUUGGUCACACUCCGGAACAGCCUGAACCAGGGCCAAGGAGCGGCGGCGGCGCACGGUGGCCAGGGUUGUCCCCAGCCGGCGGCUGUCAAACAAUCUCCCGGAUCGAAUUAUACCGGAAACAACAAUAACAACAGCAACAACAACAACAACAUACUGGCCACCGGUAAGUCCACACCUAGCAGCCCAUCGAAGUCAACGUUACCACCUCCAGUGUUGCCGAGGACUUCGUUGCCCACUUUACCCGUUACAGAUAAACUGUUUAAGGGCAAAGAAGAAUCGCAAAACGGCGGCCAAGCUGCCACCGCCGUCGCAAAGUGCUUAAAUGCUACGUCGUCGCCGAAUUCGGCGGCGGCGGUGGCAACGCAGCAAAAGACUGAAUUGAAUAACCACCGAACGCACCGCCGAUCGUUCCAUGGACCUCAGACGACCGCCGGAAGCGGACUCUGCGGCAACGGGUCGACCCCGGGUGGAGGCGGUGACCUGAUCCAUCUUCCUGGGCCGUUGACCGAGGAUGCCGUGCUCAAGGCGCUGCAGAGUCGGUUCUGCGCCACUCAAAUGUUUACAAACGUGGGACCUAUUCUAUUGUGCAUGAACUCGUACAAAGACAUCGGCAACCCGAUGACCCUCACCAGUAUGAGAGGCGCCACGCUGGACUUUAAGUUGCACAAGGUCAUUCUGGACGCGGUCAGACAGCAGACUGAAUCAGGAUAUCCGCAAGCCAUCAUACUUUCUGGUGUUAGUGGUUCCGGUAAGACAUACGCUUCGAUGUUGCUGUUGAGACAGUUGUUCGACGUGGCCGGAGGUGGACCCGAAACGGAUGCUUUCAAACAUUUGGCCGCUGCGUUCACAGUUCUUAGGUCAUUAGGAUCCGCCAAGACGUCUUCAAACUCGGAAUCCAGUCGAAUCGGUCAUUUUAUCGAAGUACAGGUGACCGACGGUGCUCUGUACAGGACUAAGAUACACUGUUAUUUCUUGGACCAAACCCGAGUAGUACAUCCACUGCCAAACGAAAAGAACUAUCAUAUAUUUUACCAGAUGUUGGCCGGCCUAUCUCAGGAAGAAAGAGUGAAAUUAAACUUGGAAGGAUAUUCACCGACUAACCUCCAGUACCUGAUGCAUGGCGACACCAGACAGGACGAAGCCGAGGACGCGAUUAGAUUUCAGUCGUGGAAGUCGUGCCUAGGUCUCCUCGGCAUUCCGUUCAUGGACGUAGUGAGGGUUCUGGCCGCGGUACUGCUUUUAGGCAACGUCAACUUCGCGGACAACGGGUCUGGCGAGGUGGUGGCCAAAGGUGAGACUGAAUUGGCGUCGGUGGCCCGGCUACUGGGCAUCACGUUCCCGUCGCUCUUCCGUGGCAUCACUACCAGGACACAUUCCGAAACUACUCGGGGGAACACCCAACUGAUAAAAACCACCUGCGAUGCUAACACAGCCAAUUCGAUAAGAGACUCUCUGGCCAAGGCGUUGUACUGCAGGACCGUGGCGACCAUCGUGCGCCGGGCGAACAGUCUGAAACGACUGGGUUCGACGUUGGGCACGUUGAGUAGCGACUCCAACGAUUCAGUUCAUAACCAGGCUGAGGUGGCCAGUCAGCACGCGUCCACCAUCGGCACGGCCGGUUCCAAGUCGAGCAAGUCGAUGGCUGCGCUCAACAACGCCGUAAACAUCGCUAGGCACGCCACGGAUGGGUCCAUCGGAAUCUUGGACAUGUUCGGGUUCGAAGAGCCAAAGCCUAGUCAACUCGAACACCUGUGUAUCAACCUUUGUGCCGAGACGAUGCAGCAUUUCUACAAUACGCACAUAUUCAAAUCCAGCAUCGAAUCCUGUCGCGACGAGGGGAUACACUGCGAUGUGGAAGUCGAUUACGUCGACAACGUUCCCUGCAUCGAUCUCAUAUCGUCGUUGAGAACCGGCCUGUUGAGUAUGUUGGACGUCGAGUGCUCCAUCAACGGAUCCGUGGAGCUGUAUUUGAGAAAAGUGAAAUCUCAGCACAGAAACAACCCAAGACUUUUUGAACCCAAGUCGGUGGACCAGAGGUCAUUCGGUAUACAACAUUUCGCCGGCAGGGUCGUGUACGACGCUUCGGAUUUCCUAGAAACUAACAAAGACGUAGUGCCGGACGAUUUAGUGUCCGUUUUCCACAAGCAGUCGUGUUCGUUCGGUUUCGCCACGCACCUGUUCGGGAGCGAGCUGAAAGCGUUGUACAGCAUAGAAACAGUACCAAGAGGAAUAAAAUUUCGAAUAUCACCGACUUCGCAUUCCGAUCUUUUAAACGGCAACGAGCCCGUGUCGACGUUGACUCAAGAUUUCCACACGCGGCUGGACAACUUGCUAAGAUCGCUCGUGCAUGCCCGGCCACAUUUCGUGCGUUGCAUCAAGGCGAACUCAACUGAGACCCCAGACAAGUUCGACAGAGCAGUAGUCAUGCGACAGAUACGGUCGUUGCAAGUUCUGGAAACGGUCAAUCUGAUGGCGGGAGGUUAUCCACAUCGGAUGCGGUACAAAGCGUUUAACCUGAGGUAUAAAAUGCUUGCACCUUUCAACAAACUCUUGCGGACGGACGACCGAGCGACCGAAGACUGCCACCUGAUAUUGCAAUGCAUCGAGGACAAAAUUGACACGAAGCAGAGCGAAGUGAGCAUGAGUUGGGCUUUUGGCAAGAGACACGUCUUCCUCAGCGAAGGGGUAAGGCAACAUCUGGAAAAACUCCGAUGGCAGACUCAUCAUAAUGCGGCUGUACUGAUACAGUGCACGUGGAGGAGCUGGAGGACCAGAAGAAAAUGGCCGGGCACCAAACGAGUCAUGAUGCAAAUGCAACAAGUGUCCAACCCCAUUGUACAGUGUCUUAACAACAAAAUGGGUAUGGGUGGAAGGAAAAUGACUUCUGGUAGUCAAGUUCCCAACGCCGGAAUAACCAACAGCGGCACAGCGACUUUAACUAGACCCAGGCCACAACCCAUCACGGGAACACCUCCUCCUGAUCAAAUUGAGAAGUUCGAUCAGAAAAUAAUACAGACUUGUAACCUAUUUGGAUUGAAUCUGGAAAGACCUCCGCCGUUACCUCCAAGUCGGUCGUACACAAUAUCCGGUAACACGAAAAUGGGAUAUCCGCAAAGCCGUAUCAUGAAAAAAUCUUUUCCUGAAGAAGGAAACUGUGACGUCACGCUGAUAAAAGGUGACGCUGUCAUUGUGGUGGGUACUUCCAACAGAAGAGGACACCUGGUCGUCGAGCACUGUAACAGAAGUCUGGACGUGCCAUUCCAAUUUUUGGAGCUGAAACCUAGGCCCGUCGCUAUCUAAUAUCCUUUCCCCCCUUAAUUUAGACAUUGAGGUGAACGAUGCUCAAACACGAAACUUAUGAUCAAACCUUAAUUUAUAUUCUUCCAAUGUAUUAUAUAAAUAUUGAUUGUUGAAUUUCUAGUGUAAAAAAUUAUUUAUUAUAUAAGCUGACGAAAAAAAUGCCUAUCCUAAUAAUAUAACUGUU